AUGUCACGGGCUUUUGGCACAGCUUUGUGCUUGCGGCACGGUUGCCGUCGAUCCAUCCUGCUGCCUCAGAGCCAGUGCAGGAUUCAGCUCGCUAGGCGGCACCUCGCGGACGUGGCGCUCACGUCCGAGGAUGAUGAGACGAGACCCCAGCGUGCCCGAAACAAGGGCAUUAGCUCCGCCGACCCCUUGCCCGGGCAGGUGGUGGAGGUUCUCGGAACAGAGGAUGUGGAGUCGUUCCCGCGGCUUCAGAGGCCCUUCGUGGAUAGGAUCUGGCUUUCGGCGAAGGCUGGCAACGGCGGAAGCCCAGCACCGAAUGCAAAUCGAAAGCCGCACAUCCCCAGCGGACCUGGUUACGGAGGUCAUGGAGGGGACGUGAUUCUGAAGGCAACGACCCAGAUUGAAAGCUUUCUGGAUGUGCCGGAAGAGGUCAAGGCAGAAGCUGGCGGAGAUGGACACGACACGUCCCGCGGGUUGCAGGGCAAAGACUACGUGCUCCAGGUGCCGCUCGGCACCAUCGUUCGUGAGCGUGUCUUCACUGGCGAGCGCACGCCAGAAGGCCGCCGGAUUUUCCUUCCGCAGUUCAGAUACCAGUUCCUGCGCCACGAAGAUACAUACGUUGUGGCCAAAGGAGGUAUAGGUGGCGUUGGGCCCAAGUCGUUCAAGAAGGGCGACAGCCGACGCCCGACCCACGGCCAAAGGGCCCGUCUCGAGCUCGAGCUGCGCCUCAUGAACGAUGCAACCUUGGUCGGCGUGCCUAAUGCAGGAAAGACCUCGCUUCUUGCAGCCCUCAGCCGGGCGCACACGCGAAUUGGGCCCGAGGAGUUCAGCACCACCAGGCCUCACGUGGGGGUGAUCCAGUUCCGGGACCGCGUGGAGAUCCGCCUUUGCGAUCUGCCAGGCCUCUCGGAAGGAGCACACGAGGACAAGCUGAUGGGUCGGCGUAUUCUCAGGCACACCUACCGCUCAAGGGCCUUGGCAUUCGUGGUUAACGUUGCUCGAGGAGAGUCCUCAGAGCACGACGUCCUUGCCGAGGUGGAGAUGCUUCGCGAGGAGGCCAUCCGCUUUGACCCCUUGAACAAGGAGAAGCCCUGGAUGGUCAUCGGGACGAAGUGCGACCUGCUGCACCGUGAUCCCCUGUUUCACCUCGACAGUCUCUUUUACAGACUGCGGGCACGGUACGGAGAGGAGGUGCCGGUGGUGGGAACGUCCUCGCGCUUCGGACUGGGGCUGACUCGCACAGUGAGGACACUCCGGCAGCUAAUCUAUCCCGACAUGUUGGAGGCGCGGCCGCGACUUGGGGCCGAUCCAGAGCUGCAGCGGCAGCCGAAGGUUCUCCAUGGCCCCUACAUUGGACCCUUGCCCUCGCUGGGCGAAUACGCGGACCCGAGGACGCCGCUGCCCGCGCCGGAGGACGUGCCAAAGCUGACGCCGCCAGGCCACAGUGGUGACAACGCCGAAGCCACUUCCCAAAUCUUUUCAACGAUCGCCCCGAUGGCGCCCGCGCGGAUACGCGACGAUGCGCUGGCUGCGGUGGCAACGUUCUUGCGAAGUGUCGGCCUGGAUCCCCAGGCCGCCAGCGUCGAGGAAGCGCGGAAGCUGAGCGGCUCCCCGAAGCAUGGCCUCACUUCGGCGCUGCGGGCCUUGGCGUCCGCAGCCCGGCGCGCCGCAGACUCCGCGGCUGCCGCGGAGGCGGAGGCUCCCAGUGCCAAGGAGGCAGCGGCACAGUUCACAGCGACUUGGCAGAUCCCCGGAGGGCAGGAAGUUUUUCUUAGAUCCGGUCCGCCCCUUCUCCCUUCAACCAAGAGUAUGCGGAGUGCCAAUAUUUGUUUGGAUUUAAACGACUUUUGUGAGGGAACCAAUCUUCCUAACCAAAUGGAAUGA